CCGGUUCGUGGCGGGCGAGCGAACAGCAGAGUUCGCAGAACACAGCUAAGAUAUGAUGAGUUUGGAUCCGGCAGCAACACACAUGGUCUUCUACGGCGGAUGUCUGUGCACGCACCUGCGCUACCGCAUCGAAAUCGUCACCAGCACCGGUGGGCAGAACACGGUGACCGCGAUACACUGUUCCUGUACCAACUGCCGCAAAUUCUCCGCCGGCCUGCAAGCAACCUACGUUUCCGUCCCGCCAGCGAGCAUAAUCUGGGCGACGCGGGAACAGCACCUGGACUCCGCCGAGGAGCAGCCGCCGAGCUAUGGUGGUACAACGUAUAAGGAACGCAUCGAUGCAGUUGGGACUGCAAGAGGGUUUUGUACGUGGUGUGGUGCGUCGGUGCUCAUCAGGCGGGAGGGUGAAGCGAGCGUGCUGAUUGCUGCCGGGAGUCUGGAUGAGCCUGGGGCUGUGUUGGAGGGGGUGAAGAUUGUUCCUACACCGUGUGGACAGAGGCCAAGAGUGUUGUGCUGAAAAGGGGGGUGACGGCCGGGGUGCGAGGGAAUCUUGUGUAGCGAUAGAUUGGUGGUUUAGAAUACAGAUUUUGG